AUGUAUUCGCUUUUGACGGUGAAUCAGCAGGUCUCCCUGAUCAGCGUCACUGUCACUCCCAGCACCUUUCUGGCUGCGCUGCUUGUUCUUCUCGUCUUCGUCAGCUUCUACCUUCCACAGCUGCCAUCGCUCAACCUGCCACGAAUCACCCUGCCGCGCUUCUUAACCGCCGCAAACGACGACAACGCAUUGCCACCGUCGCCUACCUCGCCCUCCCGACAGCUUGUACUGCGCGACCAGUCGCUGACCAUCUACCGCCGCGACAGGAAGGAAUCAUCAUCAUCCUCCUCCUCCUCCUCAUCGUUCAAAGACCGCUUCAGAAAGGAACCCAAGGACCACUACAAGGAGAGGGACUACUACGCCAAAGAGAGCGACCAUGGCCGAUCCCCAAGAAAGGCUCGACGCCUCAUUACGGGAUUUCGAGACUCCGGCAAGCCCGCUGUCUACGACGAGGAACUCGUCCGUUCUCCCCCCCAGCGAGGCGGCGAUAGAGGACGAUCUCCUAGCGGACCUGGACGUCGCGUCCGCCGCAACGGUUUCUGGCGGCCGCCGUCGCAUGAUGCGCUCGGCGCAAUGGCCCCGAUGCGCCUGGCCAUGCGCAACACCCCGUUCAGCGAGCGCGACGACGACGACGAUGACGACGACGACUUGGACCACGACCUGGACAACCAGAACGAUAUUCUGCAGAGGGCGAUCCGCACGAGGCUUCCCACCGGCAGCAUGAGCCCGGACAAGGUGAGGAGCCGGAGUCCAGAGGGACACAGGAGCGGCACAUUGCGACUCGAGGCACCGACCCCGCCCGUUCUCGAGAGGAUACUGGAGUCGCCGCCGCCGACGGAUAACUGUAAGUUGCGCCGCGCAUUUUCCUUGCCCGCUGCUGCUGCUGCUGCUGCUGCCGCUGCUGCCUGCUCUGCCUGGCGCGGCCCAUCUGCAUCUGCGUGUCUUCGUCUUGACAUCCGCUUCGCCGUGCGCGCUGAAGUCCAGCAGCGAACCGAACCAAUUGAAACAGCCAUUGCCUUUAUCCGCAAACGCUACGCCGCUCUCACCGCGUCAUGGACGUCUACCCUCUUCAGCCUGCUCCUCGCCGUCUGCAGCAUCACAAUGUUCAAGACGCUCAUCCAGGAGCCCGCACCGCGGCCCGUCGGCGAUCUCGUAAAGGUCGCUGGCAUCGCGCGCUCCUUUGAGCCGCUCAUUUACUAUUCGGAGCAUGCCAUUACGCAGGUGCACGACCUGCAGGCCACCAGCGUUGCUGUCUGGGACCUCGGGGAGACGGUACGGACCAGCGGAAUGAAGGAUGCGUCGCUCAUCGUUUCCGACCUCGACGCUCUCAGCGGCGCAAUGAAGACGCUUGCGACCGAGAUGACCAAGUUCUUCGCUGUUGUCGAUGGCGACAUUGACGGCAUCCUCAAUGUCAUGGAUUGGGCCAAGAUGCAUCUCAAUCGCCUCCAGAGCGCUCCUUCUCCCUCCACCCUCUCCUCCGCUUACGAUAACAUCCACAAUAUGCUUUCUGAGGCUCACGUCCUCGAGGACGCCUCCGGUGCUCCCACGCCGAUCGGCACGAUUACUACGUACGUCUUUGGACUAAGCAACCCGCAGCGCGAGCAACGAAUGGUCCAGCUACUGUUCAACGAAUUCUUGUCGGUUCUCGAGGAGAGCGUUCGGGAGGAGCUUCGCUAUAGCAUGAAUCUCUACGGUCUCUUCAACAGCAUCGACCAGCACUUUCUCAACCUGGCGCGAACCGUCGCGCGCGAGACUUCGGCCCAGGAGGAGCUUCACAGCGACAUGCUGGCCAGCUUGUGGGUGCGCAUCCUGGGCACGCGCGCCGCCGAGCUGCGCAAGUUUGAGCAGAACCGCGUGCUCCUGCGCGACGUGAGGGAAAAGACUGUCCGCAACAAGGGCAUCCUGGUCAACCAUCACAGCAAGCUCCUGUCGCUGCAGACUUCGCUCGAGGGGCUCCGCACCAAGCUCAUCUCGCCGCUCGUCCGCGGCACCAAUGCCACCAUCCUGACUCUCGAAGACCAGAUCGACAGCUUGUCCGGCGUGAGGGAUCAUCUCUCGGAGAUUCGGCGCCAGCAAAAGGGAAAGGUCCUGGAGACGCUGUACGCCAGCGUGCCGAGCAAGCAGCAGCCGAGAAGUCUACGACUUGACGAUGGCCGGGGCGACAUCCUCAGAGAUUCAUAA